AUGCAAAAAGGGGCAAGGAAACCAAAUUUCAAUGUUGGAGAUUACGUUUUGAGAUCUCGUGUAGACCAGAAACACAACGACAAGCUUUUAGUCACGUGGAUAGGCCCGUACCAAGUGGUUGGUUCAGACGAACAAUCUUUCCGUGUCCAGCAUUUAGUGACUGGUGCGGAGGCAGACGUGCACUCUUCGCGUCUCAAGUUCUAUGCGGAUGAAUCGUUUGAGGUGACAGAGGAAAUACGGGAGCACGUGGCUGCUCAGGGUAUUGUCCUUACUGUUGCGGAGCUCAAGGAUCACCGAUGGAACUCGGCCAAGAGAUGUUUCGAGGUUCUGGUAGGGUGGAAAGGUCUGGAACCAAUUGAGGACUCUUGGGAGUCUCUCAGUUCUUUGUACAAGGACAUUCCCGUGAUGGUGAAGCAGUAUGCUUCGGGUAAGAGCGACUUGGAGUUUGUUUCAGCAGUCGAGCAACUUUAA